AUGAAGUUUACGAUACUGGUGGCAUCGGUGGCUGUCGUCAUCUCGGCAACACUGGCGCUGGAGUUCGAAAGCAGAAAGCUGCACCCGAACACCGACGGGCACGAUGACGGAGGGCUAUCGAUGCUGGAACAAACACCGGCCGAAGAUCGUCAGUGGCAGGCGGUGAAGAAGCACGAGAAGCGCCAAACCGGCAAGAAGAUCCACAUCUUUCUCGGUAAGCCCAAGGGCAAAAAGUCAAAGAAGCCCGCCGGCGCGGACGGUGACCCGGAAACGCAGACGCGCAAAACGCCGGAGCUGACGACGCGUUCGGACAAGGGCGUCAUCGAUACGACCUCGGACGCACCAGACGCGGCCGUGGGCGAAAGCCAACAUUACGACUAUGGCGAACAUAACAUCGUGAAGGAGAAGAUUAAGAUCAAGCACCAUCAUCACCAUCACCAUCACAAUCACGUCAAGACGGUGGUCAAGAAGGAACCGUACCCGGUGGAAAAGGUCGUCCAGGUGCCGGUGGAGAAGAUUGUACACGUGCCGAAACCCUACCCGGUGGAAAAGAUCGUCGAGAAGGUGGUGCACGUGCCGGUGGAGAAGAUCGUCCACGUCCCGAAACCUUACCCGGUGGAGAAGAUCGUGGAGAAGGUCGUGCACGUUCCGAAGCCGUACCCGGUGGAGAAGAUCGUCGAAAAACCGGUUCACGUACCGAAACCGUAUCCGGUGGAGGUGAAGGUACCGUACCCGGUAGAGAAGAUCGUGCACGUUGACAAACCGUAUCCGGUGGAGAAGAUUGUCGAGAAGGUGGUCCACGUCCCAAAGCCCUACCCCGUGUACAAGCAGGUGCAGGUUCCGGUUCCCGUGGAGGUGAAGGUGCCGUACGAAGUCCCAAAGCCCGUACCAUACCCGGUGGAGAAGAAAGUUCCGUAUCCGGUCGAGGUGAAGGUACCGGUUGAGGUCGAAAAGAAGGUCCCGGUGCCGGUGAAGGUCGAGGUGGAAAAGAAGGUCCCGUAUCCGGUGAAGGUGUACAUACCGCAACCCUACCCGGUGGAGAAGAAGGUUCCCUACCCGGUGCCAGUGAAAUCGGCCUCCUUCCCGUUCCCCUUCGACAAGGACAUUUCGAGCUACUCGAACACGAGACUACAUCCAUUCGAGUCGCAGCAGCACGAAGAGUACGCCGGAUCGGAAGACAGCUACCGCCGUACGACCAAGACCGGAUAUAAGAAGAGCAAGGGCAAGAAAUCGAAAAAGACGGAACAGCAAUCGCAACAGCCCUCGAGCGCCCCGGUCACGGAGGAUAACAGCGAGGGACAGACGGGUAUGGGUGCGUCCUACUCCUCACUGAGCACCGGCACUGAUCAUGGUGCACACUACACGCAGACCACCAUCUACCAUGGCGAUUCCGGACAUCAGUCGCAAGCACAGCAGCAGCAGCAACAGCAGCAGCAGCAACAGCAAGCUCUUCUACAGCAGCACCAGGAUCAACUCCAGCAGUAUCACCAGCAACAGCAACAACAGCAACAACUACAGCAGCAGCAGCAACAACAGUACGGUAGUCCAGAUGCCACUAGCUUCUUCAACCAGCAGCUCAUCCAUUACGGCCAACAGUCCAAAUACGGUCCAUCUACCUUCCCGAGCCAAUCCUCUCAGGGGGCCGACUACGGUACGGCACCUCAGUCGACCGGUCAGGACGGUAGCCAGUACGGCCAGUACGGACUCCACAGCGGGUCCGAUCACUACGGUUCCGGUUCGAACCACCAGGAAGUGAUGGUCACGCCACCAUCCGCUGGCGCCGCAUCCGGUCUCCAUCACACUACCGGGUUCGGUCAACCGCAGGCUACCUACGCCCUGACAGCACCAUCCAAUCCCGGUGGCAGCUUCCAGCUCGAGUCCCAGCCGCAACCAUUCCAGCUGCUCCAGCUGGCACCGUUCCAGUACCAGACGCCCACCGGCUUCUCGCUGCCAACGGCCAGAUAG